GAGAAGAAAGAGAAACCGCGGGGGCGAGGAGGCGCCCGUCCAAUGACAAAGCCCAGGGGUGGGCGCCGGCCGCCAUCUUGUACCGGGCGGCAGGGCUAGGACCCCGCGUCCUCCGCCCUCCGAGGGGGAGGGGCGGCGGCGACUACGACGACGGCGAGAAAAGUAGCGAGAGCCGCGCCGGCAGGAGGGCGCCAGCAGCGGCCGCCGCCGCGGAGCCAGACGCGGGCGGGGACGACGACGACGGCGGCGGCGGAAGCCGGCCAACGCGGGCGGCCCCGAACGGCCUCCGAUGCGACGCAACGUGAAGAGGCGGCGGCGCCGGCCGCUGGCCGCCCCGAAGGCCCCGGGCGCCCGGUUCGGGGGCCUUAGGGCGGGCGAAGGGAUCGCGCUGGAGGCGCGGGAGGAGAAGGUGGUCUACUCUCGGUCUCAACUGUCGCUGGCAGACAGCACCAAGGCGCUGGGCGACGCCUUCAAGCUCUUCAUGCCCCGCAGCACGGAGUUCAUGAGCUCGGAAGCGGAGCUCUGGAGCUUCCUCUGCAGCCUCAAGCACCAGUUCUCCCCUCACAUCCUGCGCAGCAAGGACGUCUACGGCUACUCCUCCUGUCGGGCCUUGGUGCCCGACCCACCCGUGCCACCCUCCGCCCGCGGCCAGCCACGCCGGCCGGCCCCACGCGCGGCGGCCAGGAGGAGGCGCCGCGGAGCCAGGGCCCACGCCGCCGCGGCCGCCGCCGCCGGGAGGAGGAAGCCACCGGCAGCUCAGCCUCUGGCGGCCUCGGCUGAGGAGACCCCGGAGGCGGCCAAGCCCGCGGCGCCCGCGCCCGAGCCCAGCUUCGGGGGCCGCACGCUCGAGGAGAUCUGGAGGGCGGCCACCCCAACGCUGACCAUCUUCCCCACCAUCCGCGUGGGCGGCGACGUGUGGGGCGACCGCAGCCUGGCGGCGGCGCGGCGACGAGCUCGCCAAGUGCUGCAAGUGAACCUGGAACCCGUAGUGAGGCUCCGGCGCUUCCCGGUGCCCCGGGCGUGAGGAGCCGGUCCCGAGGGCGCCGCCUGCCGAUCCUCCCCCAACCCAUCCCC